UGGCUGCAGUGUGCAAAGCCACCGGGCUGCCACGGCUCGAAGAUCUCCCUUUAUUCUUGGGCUGACCACCAUACCGGUACCCCUGCCCCCUCCCCUCGGCAGCUUUGUCCAUCCCGUGAUCCGCUCUUUGUGCGGCAGUAAAGAGGAGGAGACGGUAUCUGUGCUACUGUUCGCUCCUGUUUGGGGAGGAGCUAGUUGUAUUCGCUGCAAAAGGGAAAGAGGCGCUGCGCAGGAAAAGGAUGAAAACCUGGCCCACAGAUUCAGAAGCAACUUCAUCAUUGGCAGGUGUCACACUGUCAGAAAGAGGACGAAAGAAAAACCGGCUGUAAAGUGAGGAGGAAAAAGGACUUUGAGACCUCAGCUCAAGGUGGUAGAAAGCGGAGAACUAAUUUUAACCAUUCGAACUUCAGUUAAGGAGCAAGCAGAGGAGGACAAGUAAACCGCAUGAUCAGCCCUCUGAAACAGCACCAAAUUAGCGAUGUUCCCCUCAGGCAGGGAUUACCUCCUCUUCAACGUCUCCCUCUCCAUUUCUCCCACUCUUCUUUACACAUAUAGCAAAAUAGCUGUCCAGCUCCAAGACUCUGAUCCGUGAGAGCUCUCACUGCGCUCAUCCGCCCACACACAGAUCAAACAAAGACACAGUACAGCUUUUCAUCCCUCUCAUGGUCGUUGGCCUGUUCUCCUCAGCUGCUGCUGAUCAUGAAGAGGCCCAAGCAACAGACGGGGCCUCUGAGCUUCCUUAGCUUCUUCAGCCGAAAGCCCAAAUCAGAGCCGAAGCCUGAGAGGCCUGUUGAGUCCUGGCCAAAAGAAGAGAUGCCUAUAACUCUUACUCCGAGCGAACAUCCAGAGCAGGACAUCAGCCUCACAGCAGUAGAUGCUGGGAAAUCAGGAACUUCUGGAGCAGAGGGAGGAGAAGGUGCAACUGUGAAAGUUGCAGCAGAGGUGGGAAAUACCAGAAUUGUCACAGAGGGGUGUGUGGGUGGAGCAAGCAGAGGAUCCACUGGCGUCCUUUCCCUCACCUCCUCAAGCCAGGAGCAGCUCCUGGAUGAACACCUGGAGGAGUGUCCGCUGUGCCUGCUCAGCCAGCCACGCUGCCACUUUCCGCGCCUCAGCUCCUGUUCGCAUCAGGCGUGCUCUGACUGCCUUCGCCAGUAUCUGCGCAUCGAGAUAUCAGAGAGCAGGGUGAGCAUUGCGUGCCCGCAGUGCCCUGAGGCGCUGGCACCGCUGGAUGUCCGUGCCAUCCUGGAUGACCAGGCACUACUGGAGAGAUUUGAGGAGUUUCAGUUGAGGCGUUUUUUGGCUGCUGACACAGAUACACGCUGGUGCCCUACACCUGACUGCAGCUAUGCAGUCAUAGCUUAUGGCUGUGCAGAGUGUCCCAAGCUGAGCUGCGGUCGUGAGGGAUGUGACACGGAGUUCUGCUACCACUGUCGGCAGCUGUGGCACCCCAACCAGACGUGCGACCAGGCGCGCCGUCAGCGUGCCCGCCACGCUUCAGGUGGCAACGAUGCCUCUGCAAUGUAUGUCUUCAAUGAAGAACCUGGAGGAGAUGCAGAGGAAAUCAAACCAUGUCCUCGCUGUGGUGCCUACAUCAUGAAGACUAAUGAUGGCAGCUGUAACCGCAUGAACUGCACUGUGUGUGCCUGUCAGUUCUGCUGGCUGUGUAUGCAGGAGAUCACCGAUGUGCACUACCUCAGUCCCUCAGGAUGUACAUUUUGGGGGAAGAAGCCAUGGUCUCAAACUCGAAAAGUACUGUGGCAAGUGGGCAUGUUGCUCGGAGCACCUGUGGUCAUCUCCCUUAUAGCGGGCAUUGCUAUCCCAGUCAUCAUAGUGGGUAUACCAAUCUACAUGGGCCGUAAGGUCCAUGGUCGUUGUAAGAAAAACAAUAUCUCAGGAAGUAAGCACUACUUAACUGUGGCAAGUGGGGUGAUGAUGUCCGUAUUUGUGUCGCCAGUAAUAGCAGCAGUCACCGUAGGUGUGGGCGUGCCUCUAAUGAUGAUGUAUGUUUAUGGGGUCGUUCCCAUGUCGCUCUGUAGGAACGGCUGGUGUCGACCCCAGAGUGACCCACCUGAAACUAACAAGAUACAACUGGAAGACUUAGCAAGCUAUCUUCUAUUCUCUCAUGUAGUCACUGAUCACUGGACAGGCCAGAGCAACCCAUCGCUCAGUGACACCAGUCUCCAGGAAGUCCGGGUCAGUGUACAGGAAGUGGGCGUCCUACCAAGUACGAGCACUGUACCCCCAGACUUAGAUAGAUACGUGGGAUUAGAUGAAGCCGGCAAACGACAUGGAUACACUCAUCAAGAUAGCCAGACUGACUGUGAGGUUGUUAGUUUGCCUGACAGCAAACUAGAUGAAACUCAGUCACCUACUUUUAGCAGGGAAGGAACAAAUAUUGAAGUGUGUGUAGAAAUUGAAACCCAUCCAAGAGGAGCCCGACAUUCCAGCUUAAGUAGCAUGCUGUCAAGCCGAAGCUUGUCGGCUGAGUCUGUAGGACACUCCCUAGAUUAUCCGUGUGCAUCAGGACUGGAUGAAAGACGAGAAGCAGUGGGACUUGGAGUGGACCUUAACAGACAAGAGAAACUGGGAAGGAAAGCACGAGAAAUUGAAGAGACAUGCUUCCAAGUCAUUGAAGCAGUUGAUGUAUGAGGUCCCUCACUUGGAGAUUUAGGCAAGUUUAUUGAAAACAGACAAAUCUGUGAACUGUUCUGUCUUUGGAUGGACCUGAGGAUCCACAGCCAAGGCCAUCUUCUGCUUUUUAAAACCGGCCCUCCCACCAGAUGCCUUCACCCUCCACCCCCUAAGGAUGUUGCGGGUUCAAGAAAAGCAAAUUUGAAAGAUGAAUGUGUUCAAGUUUAUAUAAGCAUGAGACUGUGACAUAGAAAGUAGCGCUAUGAACUAUAAAGGGGACAGGAAAGCAUGGUAGCUGACUAAUUCAGACGUUUUUUUUUAGUUCCUUACUGAAACAAACUACCUUACCUAUUUUAAAGUCUUUUCUUAAAGUCCUCACUUUAUGCGGCUGUUUACUUUUAGUCCCUACCUCUCUCCUUCUUUACCCUUUACAAAUAUCAGCACCAUGAAUGGCAUGAUUUAUUUCAAGAGGGGGGGGCUUGAGAAUCCAACAGCUGUUGUCUUAGCAAUCUAAUUGAUAUGUUUCACAAGCCAUGUUGCAAGACAAGAAGAACUUUUUUUCUAUCUGAUCUAAGUCCACAGUUGCAGUUAAGAUGAGAUGUACGGGCUUUAACAGAUGCAUGCUGCAAUUAUUGCAAAACUGUUUGUGCUUACAAUCCAUUCUUGGGAUCAGACAUGGUCUGUGAUGUUGCAGAACAUGGGACUCAUAAAAACCAGGAUUCACGACUCUAAAAGAUAUCCACCGUCUUCCAGGGAAGCAGCUGAGCGCAUUGACAUUUUGCAGUCUUUUAGUGCUGCAUUGAGUCUUUGAGAAGUUUGAGAUGUGUUUGUAGUCUGUAAAAAUGCUCACUUUAAUGCAGUGCCACACAGCAGAAACACCACAAUCUUAACUCUUAGCAUCUGCGUGAUUGUACAAGCAGCAUUGUUUCCACAAUAACCUAAACCUGCCCAGAUUCUAUGAUACGCACCAGUUAGCAUAGCUGCAGUAAAGUGUGCCGCUGAGAAGAUUACAAUAUACGCUAAUCAGCCUCUGAGGUCAUCACACAGCACCAGAAUUACCACAGCAGCAUGGGAAACUGGAACCACCCCCUCCAGAUGAUUGGUGAGGACUAUCUGACUUAACUACAUGCACUGCUUAACAUCCGGGGCGUGAAAUAAUUCUGAACUUGGUCUUGACAUGAUAACCUUUGCUGGGUUGUGGACAGAAACUGAAUAAAGAUAUCACCAUGAAAGAUAAA